AAUGUGCUGUUUUGUUUGCUCGUCGUGUUGUAGUGUCACAUCGCGUGAGAAAGUUAAUUUUAAUCUCAAACUGGGUAUUAACAACUUAACAUAAUGCCGCAGAAUGAGCACAUCGAACUGCACCGCAAGCGCUAUGGAAGACGACUUGAUUAUGAAGAAAGAAAGAGAAAGAAGGAGAGUCGGGAAGUUCAUAAAAGGGCAGCAAAGGCAAAGAAACUUAGAGGACUGAAGGCAAAGUUGUAUAAUAAACAGCGGCAUGCAGAAAAGGUGCAAAUGAAGAAAACGAUCAAGAUGCACGAAGAGAGAAAGACCAAGCAGAAAAAUGAUGAGCCUGUACCAGAUGGUGCUGUGCCUGCAUAUCUCUUGGACAGAGAAGGGCAGUCACGUGCGAAAGUUCUUUCUAACAUGAUCAAGCAGAAACGCAAAGAAAAGGCUGGUAAAUGGGAUGUACCACUUCCAAAAGUAAGAGCCAUGGGAGAUUCUGAAGUAUUUAGGGUCGUAAAAACAGGCAAAUCGAGAAGGAAAGGGUGGAAAAGAAUGGUAACUAAGGUUACAUAUGUAGGAGAAGGUUUCACAAGAAAACCACCCAAGUUUGAACGUUUUAUUAGACCUAUGGCACUGCGGUUCCGAAAAGCCCAUGUAACACAUCCAGAACUAAAGGCUACAUUCUGUCUCCCACUAAUUGGAGUAAAGAAGAACCCUACGUCACCCUUGUACACAUCUCUAGGAGUUAUUACUAAAGGAACAGUAAUUGAGGUAAACAUCAGUGAGUUAGGUCUGGUGACGCAAGGUGGCAAGGUGAUCUGGGGAAAAUAUGCACAGGUGACGAAUAAUCCAGAAAAUGAUGGUUGUAUAAAUGCAGUGUUGUUAGUAUAAUCUGAUCUUGCAAUUCAUGAAAAUAUAUAUUCAUGAAUUCUUUGGAAAUAUGAAAAUAGUAUUUGGUGUAAACCAUUUUUACACAUUUCAUGCAUAAUUUUCCAUACAAAAUCUAGAACGAUAAAAAUUACUGAAGAUUGCCAUACAUAAUGUCGGUUUGCAUUGAAAUGGAACUGUUAUUAGUAUCCAUAAUAGAAUUGGUGAAAAUUGUUGCAAUAAACGACAGUUUUUUAAUACACCCAA